CGGCAGGGCGGGUUCGUCGCUGCCCUCUUGGCCCGUCUGCUUUUGAGACCUCCGGAAAGCGGGCCGUUGAGGCCGAUGGCUGACCGGCGUCCCUCCGGCUGUGUUGGCAGCGGCCUGGGCUGACGCAGAGAAAUGUGCACAUUCCAGCCCUCUGCCGACCCCUGGGGCACCUCUGCCCGUUCUGCCCUCCAGCGUCCUUCUGCUUUUCAUCCUUACGCUGCUGCGCCUGUCGUGCUGAAAUAAAGUUGGCGUUUGAGCGGUUAGAAGUACUUUUGCAAUAGGUGUCUCUGCGCGUGGUCCUGGCCCGGCGCACAGGGCUGCUGUGAGCUGAGCCGGGCUGCGGGACGGAGCCUCAGCGCAGGGCUGUGUGCGGCUCCCAUCGGCGCCGGCUGGGAUCUAGGGGUACCGCUCCUCUGUGUGUGAUAAUUUCUUCUCCUUCUUUUGAAGCACGGGUUGCUUGUCAGUGUGUAACUGGUGGGAUACCUUUUAGGGGGCUGCUGCUCAGAACAAACCCAACAUCCAGCAGUGCGGGCCCGGCCCAGCUGGGCUCCGUGGCCGCGGUGGCAAUGCAGGGCGCAGGGCGCAGUGCCAGCUCCUCCUCACAGCGCUGAGGUCUCUGUGGCUCUGCUGAAAGUGGGACCUGCGUGUGGGAGAGAUGUGGGGCAGAGAUGGGGUCAAAGAGUGCAUCUAAAAGGAACGGCUGCGUUCAGAUCCGCGGCACUCCUUUCACGAGUCUAAUGUGAACUCUUAGGUUUCUUUCACCCCAAGUUUUGGGGUGAGGGGGACAAAAAUGUGUUUGAAAAAUUCUUCAGUUUGACUCGUCCCACAGUGAUAACAGAGCUCUGUUUGCUGCCUGUUGGGUUUUUACCAUCUGUCUGCGUGUUUAUUUGGCGGUUUGAAUUUCAGAACCAUUUUAAGCCUUGACUGGUCUUGGUUGGACCCUUCUUAAUGUUUGUGAAGAAGCUCACUGUCCCUGCAGGAGCCAGGAGGGUCUGGUGCACACAGCAUAGUGAGGGGCCGCGUCGUGCGGCAUUCCUGUGUUUGUCCUUGUGAAGGGACUUGCAGAUCCAGCCAAGGGAAGGAUACUUACUUAGCUGUGCUGCUGCUCUGUGUAGGGAGUUUUGCCUUCCACUGGAACAGCUGUGCUGGAAAAUAAUGACCCUGAGCCCAUUAAUGCGGUGAGGUGAGACAUCGGGAGAGCUCCUGUGAGCAUUCAGCUGAACUCUUCGCGUUGUGCUCCCAGGUGGUGUUAUCUGUUUGUUUGCUGGCUGGUGUUUGCGUUUGUAACUGUCCUGUGUUCCGUGUUUAAAAUUUCUGAGCCCCUGCUGAAGGCAGGAGAAGUUGUACUAAUAACCAGAGCCAAAUGUAAAAAAAAACCAAAACAUCACUGUGUUUGUGCUGUCAGCCCAUCCCAGCUUGCUCCCACAGCAGUGGUUGCAGCUGUAGGACAUGCUGCUCUCGGUUAUUUUCAGUAUGGUGAUAUCUAGACAGCUUUUUUCAGAAAAGUAGGAGUUUAAAGAUAGCAGAACUGGGGUCAUCUAUGGAUAUGGUUCUAAUAGUAACACAGACCUCCAUCUGUUUGCCAUUUACCUUUUAUUUAUUUGCUUAUAAUCUCUUUUAUGGUUUUCAUCUCUGCAUUCAUCUGUUUUCAAGGCUGUCUUGGGGAUAGUGUGGGUGGAGGAGCGUUCCACCACUUCUUGUUGAUUUCAUUUACAAUUUAGAUGAGGCUCGCUAACUUCCUAAACCCUAGAGGGCUGAAAUUUCUUCUAAAUACAGUGCUGUCUUCUAUGUUGCUCCCAAACUCUGUGAAAGUACCGCAAAGCAAAGCGUGUUGCAAAGCACAAGAGAGUAAAAUGAAUGGAAGCUUCUGGGUUGCUAUUUUGGAGGAUGCACGUUUCCAAAACUAAGUAAGGAAAUCCAAUGAAGAUGCUAUCAUAUUUUAUUUUGUCCUGUCUUGUUUACUUGGUGGCGUGGCAGAUGCUCUUUGUUUCCAUAGGUUGCCCCCCAUAAAUCUGCUAGAAAUCUCGGGGAUUGCUUUUAUCCUGACCUUGUGGAGCUGGUGAAGCACCUUUGGGGCAGGUGGUUUGUUUGCUGAUGGCAGGUCCUGCCUUCCCAGGGAGGGCCCUGUGAGCUCCCCAGCGUGUGCUCAGGCUGCGCUGCCUGCAGGCUCCCCAGCUGCCCAAGCUCCCUGCCCAAGCAGCCCUGCUCUCUGACCCUGCUGCCUGACAGCGGGCCUCAGGAUGAGCCACAGACAGCCCAAGCGAGGAGAGCAGGCCUUGCUUUCUGCUGCCUUCCCCUGGGCAGCAGUCCUCUUCCAGCAGCACAGCCUGCGUCCUUACCGCGUUACGGCCUUGAGGUCUGCAGUGAGGAGAACACUUAAUGGGAACAGGAGAACGUGGUGUUUCCCCUCACUAGAUUCGUGUGAACACACAGACGAACUUACUGCGGUGAAUGUAAAGCAGGGCUUCAGUAAUCAGCCUGCCUUCUCUGGAGAUGAGCACGGUUCUGCUAGAAACGUCGUCAUCAACGCCUCUAAGAUUGGCGCUUACUUCAGCAGCAUAUUAGCAGAAAAGCUAAAACUUAACACGUUCCAGGACACAGGAAAGAAGAAACCACAAGUAAAUGCCAAAGACAACUACUGGCUGGUUACUGCUCGCUCUCAGAGUGCGAUUCACAACUGGUUCACAGAUUUAGCAGGAAGUAAACCACUGACUGUGUUAGCAAAAAAGGUUCCAAUUCUCAGUAAAAAAGAAGAUGUUUUUGCUUACUUAGCAAAAUAUUCUGUACCACUGCUGCGAGCAGCAUGGCUGAUCAAAAUGACAUGUGCCUACUAUGCUGCUAUUUCUGAAGCUAAAAUCAAGAAACGCCAGGCCACUGAUCCAAAUACUGAAUGGACUCAAAUUAUAACCAGAUACCUUCGGGAGCAGCUGGCAAAGGUUGCAGAGUUUUAUCAUGUGACUUCCAGCCAAGGCAGCAGCUCUGUAGUGAUGCCUCAAGAGAUGGAACAGGCCUUGAAGCAGUGGGAAUAUAAUGAAAAAUUGUCCUUUUAUAUGUUUCAGGAAGGAAUGCUUGAGAGACAUGAGUACUUGACGUGGAUACUGGAUGUUUUGGAAAAAAUCAGACCUGCUGAUGACGACAUUCUUAAGCUGGUGCUGCCGCUCAUGUUGCAGUACUCAGAAGAGUUUGUUCAGUCAGCUUACCUGUCCCGCCGCCUCGCUUAUUUCUGUGCCAGGCGCCUGUCGCUGCUGCUGAGCGACGGCCCCAGCCUGGCAGCUGCACAUCCUCCUCAUGUGAUGAUUGCUCCAAGUAACCCUCCUCUGGCAGCGCCAAGCCCGACUGCGCCCGGUCCUGUGCUGAGCCCCGUGCAGCUCACCUGCUCAGAUUUCCUCUCCUGCCCGCAGCACCGUCCGCUGGUGUAUGGGCUGAGUUGUAUGCUGCAGACUAUAACUCUUUGUUGCCCAAGUGCCUUGGUGUGGAAUUAUUCCACAAAUGAAAAUAAGAACAUUAAUCCUGGCUCACCCCUGGAUUUACUCCAAGUUGCUCCAUCUAGUUUACCUAUGCCAGGUGGAAACUCAACAUUUAAUCAGCAGGUUCGGGCAAGGAUCUAUGAAGUAGAACAGCAGAUAAAACAAAGAGGUCGUGCUGUGGAGGUGCGGUGGUCUUUUGACAAGUGCCAAGAAUCAGCUGCAGGGGUGACCAUCAGCCGAGUUCUGCACACCUUGGAAGUGCUGGAUCGACACUGUUUUGACAGAUCGGAUUCCAGCAAUUCAAUGGAGACACUGUAUCAUAAGAUUUUCUGGGCAAACCAGAACAAAGAUAACCAAGAGGCAGCCCCCAGCGACGAGGCCGUGGUGAUGCUGCUGUGUGAGUGGGCCGUGAGCUGCAAGCGGUCUGGGAAGCACCGGGCCAUGGUGGUGGCCAAACUCCUGGAGAAAAGGCAAGCAGAAAUUGAAGCAGAAAGAUGUGGUGAAUCUGAAGUCCUGGAUGAAAAGGAAUCUCUGUCUUCAGCCUCCUUGACAAGUUCCAGUCUUCCUGUUUUCCAGAAUGUCCUGCUGAGGUUUUUGGACACACAGGCUCCCUCGCUGUCUGACCCAAAUAGCGACCAUGAGAAGACAGAGUUUGUGAAUUUGGUGCUGCUGUUUUCUGAAUUCACUCGACAUGAUGUUUUCUCUCAUGAUGCAUACAUGUGCACUUUAAUAUCGCGUGGAGACUUGUCAAUUACUGCAACUACGAGACCACGUUCACCUAAUGGGGAAACUGUGGAUGAGCGCUAUUCUAAGGAUAAUGAUGUUAAAAUAGAGGAUCACAGCAUUAUGGAGCACAUGGGCACUGACUCAGGACCCACCAGUAUCUUUGAUGAUGUAGACAAGGGUGACUUUAAGGCAGAUUUUGGUUCAGAAUUUCCAAUUUUUUCUCCGAUGCCUGGGGAGUCCUGUGAGAACAUGAACUCUUCUUUAGACAGAAGAAUUUCGGUUGCCAGUGAGAAGUCAGUCAAGAGGGAAGGGCUCAGAGAAGUGAUUUUUCCAUCCAACUACGACCUCCUUCGUCAUCUGCAAUACGCGACCCAUUUCCCGAUACCUCUGGAUGAGUCUUCAAGUCAUGAGUGUAACCAGCGCAUGAUUCUCCUCUAUGGUGUUGGCAAGGAGCGUGAUGAAGCAAGACAUCAGCUGAGGAAGAUUACCAAAGACAUCCUGAAGAUUCUGAAUAAGAAGAGUACUACUGAAAUGGGUGUUGGGGAUGAAGGACAAAAGGCCAGGAAGAACAAACAGGAAGCAUUUCCAACUCUAGAGACUGUGUUCACAAAACUACAGCAGCUGUCAUAUUUUGACCAACAUCAGGUGACAUCUCAGAUCUCCAGCAACGUUCUCGAACAAAUAACUAGUUUUGCCUCAGGAACAUCCUAUCACCUCCCCUUGGCUCACCACAUUCAGCUGAUCUUUGAUCUCAUGGAACCAGCGCUGAACAUCAACGGACUGAUAGACUUUGCAAUACAGCUGCUGAACGAGCUGAGUGUGGUGGAGGCAGAGCUGCUGCUGAAGUCGUCCAGCCUGGCAGGGAGCUACACCACGGGGCUGUGCGUGUGCAUCGUCGCCGUCCUGCGGCGUUACCACGCCUGCCUCAUUCUCAACUCGGAGCAGACUGCACAAGUCUUUGAAGGGUUGUGUGGAGUGGUGAAGCAUGUUGUUAAUCCCUCAGAGUGUUCCUCCCCAGAAAGAUGUAUUUUGGCCUACCUCUAUGACCUGUAUGUGUCCUGCAGCCACCUGCGAAGCAAGUUUGGAGACCUCUUCAGUAGUGCCUGUUCUAAGGUGAAGCAAACAAUAUACAGCAACGUUCAGCCUUCAAAUUCCAAUCUGCUGUGGGAUCCGGAGUUCAUGCUAGACUUUAUUGAGAACCCUUCUGCUCACAGCAUUAACUACUCAAUGCUGGGCAAGAUCCUGAGCGACAACGCAGCCAACCGCUACAGCUUCGUCUGCAACGCUCUGAUGAAUGUGUGCAUGGGGCACCAAGAUGCAGGAAGGAUUAAUGACAUAGCAAACCUUUGUGCAGAGCUGACGGCGUGCUGCACCGUGCUGAGCUCAGAGUGGCUGGGGGUUGUCAAAGCUCUUUGCUGCUCUUCCAAUCACGUGUGGGGUUUCAAUGAUCUGCUCUGCAGUGUGGAUGUGAGUGAUCUGUCAUUCCACGACUCCCUGGCCACUUUCAUUGCCAUACUGAUUGCCCGGCAGUGCUUUUCUCUGGAAGAUGUCGUUCAGCACGUAGCACUGCCUUCUCUUCUGGCAGCUGCCUGUGGGGACCCAGAUGCUGAGCCUGGGGCCAGGAUGACUUGUCGGCUUCUCCUGCACCUCUUCAGGACACCGCAGGUCUGCCUCUUCCCCCCGGGAGCAGGAAAGCUAUUUCCUGGAAUUCGCUCUUCUUGUGAUCGUCACCUCUUGGCUGCUGCUCACAACAGUAUAGAAGUGGGAGCUGUGUUUGCAGUCUUAAAAGCUAUUCUGAUGCUUGGUGAUGCUGAGAUCGGCAGCAGCAGUGUGACCCCCGUGAAGAGCGAGGAGCUGCCCGUGAGAGGCUUGCUGGAUGAGAUCCCUGGGGACGAGAUGUGGGCCUCCUCUCAUGCUCUGAAGUCACGUGGAAAAGCUGUUUCCAUAGAAACUGCCAGUUUAAGCGAGUAUGCCAGAUACGUGCUCAGAAGCAUUUGCCAGCAGGAAUGGGUUGGAGAGCACUGUUUAAAGGAACCUGAAAGGCUGUGCACAGAUAAAGAUCUAAUUUUGGAUCCUGUUCUUUCAAACAAGCAAGCGCAGAAACUUCUUCAGCUUAUCUGUUAUCCUCAUGGUGUGAAAGAAUGCUCCGAGGGGGACAACCCUCAGAGGCAGCACAUCAAACGCAUACUUCAGAACUUAGACCAGUGGACUCUCCGGCAGUCUUGGUUGGAGCUGCAACUAAUGAUCAAGCAGUGCAUGAAGGAGCCUGGUUCUGGGUCUGUGGCUGAAAUGAACAGCUUGUUGGAUAAUAUUGCAAAGGCGACAAUAGAGGUGUUUCAGCAAUCCGCUGAUCUAAACAAUAACUCUUCUAACUCUGGUAUAGGCCUCUUCAAUCCAAACUCUGUUGGAAAUGCUGACACAAGUAAUACAAGACAGAAUGGUAAAAAGACAUUCCUAAGUUCCUCUGAGUGGCGAGGAGUGUGGCUGGUGGCUCCCUUGAUUGCAAAACUGCCUACCUCAGUGCAAGGUAGGGUCUUGAAAGCUGCGGGAGAGGAGCUGGAGAAAGGUCAGCAUUUGGGGUCAUCUUCUAAGAAGGAAAGAGAUAGACAGAAGCAAAAGAGCAUGUCUCUCCUGAGUCAGCAACCUUUCCUGUCUUUGGUACUUACUUGCCUUAAGGGACAGGAUGAGCAGCGGGAAGGGCUGCUAACAUCACUGCAGAAUCAAGUCAAUCAGAUCCUGAGUAACUGGAGGGAAGAACGGUACCAGGGCGAUGUUAAAGCUAGACAGAUGAUGCAUGAAGCCUUACAGCUUCGUCUAAAUCUGGUAGGUGGCAUGUUUGACACUGUGCAGAGGAGCACCCAGUGGACCACGGACUGGGCACUUCUGCUCCUCCAGAUAAUCACUUCGGGAACAGUUGAUAUGCAGACCAACAACGACUUGUUCACAACUGUGCUGGAUAUGCUGGGUGUCCUCAUCAACGGGACGCUCGCCUCCGACUUGUCCAACGCGUCCCAGGGAGGGCCUGAGGAAAACAAAAGGGCUUACAUGAAUUUAGUGAAAAAGUUAAAAAAGGAGCUGGGAGACAAGCGGUCGGACAGCAUUGACAAGGUUCGCCAGCUGCUCCCUUUGCCAAAGCAGACUUGUGAUAUUAUUACUUGCGAGCCAAUGGGAUCCUUGAUCGACACCAAGGGCAACAAAAUUGCAGGGUUUGACUCCAUUGAUAAGAAACAGGCAAGAGGUCUUCAGGUUUCAACAAAACAAAAGGUGUCCCCUUGGGACUUAUUUGAAGGUCAUAAAAAUCCCGCUCCUCUCUCCUGGGCAUGGUUUGGCACAGUUCGUGUGGACAGGAAGGUCAUCAAAUACGAGGAGCAGCAGCAUCUGCUCCUGUACCACGCGCACCCCAAACCCAAGCCGCGGAGCUACUACCUCGAGCCCUUGCCUCUGCCUCCAGAGGAGGAGGAGGAAGAGCCCACCACCCCUGUGUCUCAGGAACCAGAAAAGAAGUCAGGAGAGCUCUCUGAUCAGGGAAAACACGGCACGGAUGACGACAAGAAGACAAAGGGCAGGAAGAGGAAGUCAAAGUCAAGCUCUAAGGCUGAUGAAUAUCCACCGAGCAGCGCAUACAGAGUGCCUCCCAAUUACUCGCCCGUCCCCUCACAAAUGAUGCAGCAUCCUCAGUCUGCCUUGUGGGGUUACACCAUCGUGGGGCAGCCGCAGCAGCCUGGCUUCUUCGCGCAGAACCAGCCCCUCCCUCCAGGUGGCUCCAGGCUGGAUCCGACGAGCUCCUUCGUCCCAGCCAACACGAAGCAGGCCCUGUCCAACAUGCUGCAGCGGCGCUCCGUGCUGCAGCCGCCCUCCCUCCACGCAGUCACACCUCAGCAGCAGUUGCUCCAGAUGAAACUCCUGCAGCAAGAGCAGCAGCAGCGGCUCCUCAGGCACCAAGCACAGGCACGGUCUCUCCAGCAGGGUCAGCCGAUGGACCCCGCUGCUCUUUUCACCCCGCAAGUCCGACCCACGCCGCAGCUACCGCAGUACGCAGGGCUUCAGCAAGCACAGGGCAUGCCCCACGGGUACACGAUGUACAGCACCCCGAUGCCCUUGCAGCAGCAGCAGCCCGGCAGCGUGGUGCUCUCUCCUGGCUACACCCCGCGGGCGUACACGGCCCACUCCAGCCCCGUGCUGAUGGAGCGGCUGCGGCCGGGGCAGCCGGGUGGCGUGGCUCAGCAGCAGGCAGCUGCCUACAUGCAGCCCGUGGCGGGCGCUCAGCGGUUGACCCAUCAACCUUUGCAGCCAAACUCAUUGAUAGGAGCAGGCCUGGACAGCACAUCUACCACACGUACCCAUCCGAGCCUGAGCUCAGCACAGCUGCCCCAGGAGCAAAUGCGACAGAGGCAGCAGCAGAUCCGACAGCAGAGACUCUUCCAGAUGCAGCAGGGGCAGCAGCAGCAGACUCUUGAUCUCCAGCCCGUGCAGCCGCAGCAGCCCCUGGUAAGUGGGAUGGAUGAUGAGCAUGGGGCAGGGGCAGACUGGGUGAAGCUUACAUUGAAUUUGCAAUGCUGUUGUCUGUGUUUCCUGGACAUGGCCAUUUUUUCCAGACGUGUUUAAGAGGAUAAUUAGAAAAGGUUGGUCUGGAAAAAUGGAGAAAAUACAAGCGACACUAAAUCUGCCAGCUGCCAACUCCAAAGGCAUUAAUGCAAUUUGACAGAGAAACCAAAAGGCAGUAUGCAGGUGUGGGAGGA